AUGGCUGAAAGCUUUGACAGUGCUACAUCUAAUCUUCUAUGUUCUGAAAACAAUAGAACAUGCUUUGAUGAGGAUGUGGAAUGCAUUGGUGUUGUUGAUGGUUCUGGAAUCUCAACUUCAUGGGACCACAUGAUGAACCUUAACUUGGACAACGUUGGAUCGGAUUCGUUUGUGUGUUUUGUUGCACAGAGUGAGGAAAUUGUGAGGGUUAUGGUUGACAAAGAGAUUGAGCAUUUGCCUAGAGAGGAUUAUUUGAUGAGAUUGCGUAGUGGUGACUUGGAUUUGAGUGUUAGAAGAGAGGCUCUUGAUUGGAUUUGGAAGGCUCAUGCUUAUUAUGGAUUUGGACCCCUGAGUCUUUGCUUAUCGGUGAACUACUUGGAUCGGUUCUUAUCGGCUUAUCAAUUACCGAGAGGUGUGAGUUGGACUGUGCAAUUGUUAGCCGUGGCUUGCUUUUCACUUGCGGCUAAAAUGGAAGAAGUUAAAGUGCCGCAUUGCAUAGAUUUACAGGUCGGUGAACCGAGAUUCGUGUUCCAAGCGAAAACAAUUCAAAGAAUGGAACUAAUGAUACUAAGCACAUUAGGAUGGAAAAUGCAUGCUUUAACUCCUUGUUCCUUCAUAGACUACUUCAUAUCUAAGAUCAGCUGCGAGGAGAAUCAUCCCGAAAAGUUGUCGAUUGCAAGAUCAGUGCAACUCAUCCUUAACAUAAUCAAGGGUAUUGAUUUCUUGGAAUUCAGGCCUUCUGAAAUUGCCGCAGGGGUAGCAAUUUCUGUUUUAAAGGAACUGUCGGGCCAAGAAGUCGAUAAGGCCAUAGCCUAUUUCUUCAUCGUAGAUAAGGAGAGAGUUCUAAAGUGUGUUGAAUUGAUAAAAGAUCUAUCCUUGAUCAAGGUUGGUGCAUCUAAGUAUACACCAUUAGUGCCUCAAAGUCCUAUAGGGGUGCUUGAUGGAGGGUGCAUGAGUUAUAAGAGUGAUGAGUUAACAAAUGGGUCAUAUCAAAAUUCUUUACAUAAUAGUCUAAAUACUAAAAGGAGAAAAUUUGAUGGACCUUCCAAUGGAUGA